AUGAAGUUCCUCGUUGCAGUUGCAGUCUGUGCCCUGGUCGGUGUGUGUGCGGCCGAUAGCUACGGUAAACCGGCCUACCCGGCGGCACCGGUAGCCCACACGUACGCUGCCCACGCCCCACACGUCAAGUGCGGUGCCAACCUGUUGGUCGGUUGCGCUCCCAACGUUGCCCACGUGCCCUGCCAUCCGGCGCACGGUGGACACCACGAGUACCAUCACGCACCGGCCCCGGCUUACCAUCAUGCCCCGGCCCCAUCCUACCAUCAUGCACCGGCCCCUGCCUACCACGCCCCGGCCAAGAAGGAGUACCACCACGCCCCGGCCCCAGCCUACCAUCAUGCCCCGGCCGCGCACGGUGGAUACGAGGCGAAGAAGGAGUACGCCGCCCCAGCCUACCACCAUGAGGCACCGAAGAAGGAGUACGGUCAUCAUGCUGCGCCCGCCGCUCACCACGGUGGAUACGAGGCGAAGAAGGAGUACGCCAAACCGGCCGCCCACGGAUACGGUGGCGGCUAUGGCAAGCGAUCGAGCGACUUCGAGGCUGAGAUGGAGGACUAA